GAUGAAUUUGUGAAAAUUAAGAAUUACAAAUAUAAUCGUGGACAUAAAAUAUCUUUGCAAUAUAAUUAACAUUUCGUAAAGGUGUCGCUCUAAAACUGGAAAUAAAUUUGACAAAGAUGGCACUUAUGAAACGUUUGUUUUUAAAAAUUGUUUAUACACCUCGAGCAUUAACUUACAACGUCCGACAUUUAUCUACAGAAGUAGCACAUGAUGAUAGCCCCGUGGAAAUGGAAAACCCAUUUACAAAAGAAAAACGGCAAUGUAUACUUUGUAAAUUUAACAUAACGCCAGACUACAAGAACUACAGGCUUCUGUCACAGUUCCAAAGUCCAUAUACAGGAAGGAUAUAUGGAAGACAUAUAACUGGACUGUGUCAAACAAAACAGGCAGCAGUAGAGAGAGAAAUCACUAAAGCACAGAACUGUGCUUAUAUGCCUUACUAUUAUAAGGACAAAACAUUUUUUAAGGAUCCUAAGCUGUUUGAUCCUGAAAAUCCAAUCCGUUCACACAGGUUUUAAAAAUAUCAGGUUGGGUGAUUGUAGUUGGAAAAGAAUUAUAACUUAAUUAAAAUUAUACACUUGAAUAAAAACCUUUUUAGUGAAAUUAUCAAUGUUGUUGUGGCAAAGACUUUGCCUUAAUAGUCAAUAAAAAUAAUUAUUAUUA